CUGCAUCGAUAACUUUCAAUCGCGUCCGUCGUCGUCGUCUUCUCCACUUCGUCACUCCACAUCCCCGGUCUCUCUCCGGCGAACCCCCCCACCGGAAAACUCGCCAUGAACCUCUUCAAAUCCGCCUUCUCCGACGACCCAGAUCCCCCGAGACCCGCCCGACCCGAAUCGCCGCCUCCCCACGACGAUGCGUCACGAGGAGGAGGAGGAGGAGGAGAAGCGGAGGAGGCGGCAGAGGAGGAAGCUGGUCGAGGACCCGACCGCCCGCCGUCCAAUUCACGGUGGGGCGGCCUGGGCGGCCUCGUGAAGACCCUGACGACCAAGUCCGAGUCCGUGCUCGAGACCUACCGCCGCGACCUCCAGGAGUUCGGGCUGGGCCUGAGGAAGGAGAUCCAGGUGGCGCACGGCUCCCUGGAGAACGUCGGCCAGGCCAUCGACGAGCUCGGGUCCUCCGUCCUCAAGGGCACGGCCCAGAUCAUCUCCCAAGGUAAGGACGCCAUCCUCGCCGCCGAUCUCAAUCCGGAUUCCUCCGAUCAGGGUCAUAGCAAUGUCGGCAAUAGUGGCCAGCAAUCUUAUGCGAGGUACAGUAGGCUGGAUGCGCAGGUCCGCGCGAUCCGGGCCGAUGCCGGCACCUUCAGCGAGGAGCCGGAGGAUUCGGAGGAUUACGGCGGGUGGAAAUCCGGGUUCCGUUUGGGGGAGAAGAGGGAAGAAGUCGAGAAAUUGAUGGAGGAAGAUGGGCCUGUCAGGGGAUUUUACUAUAGGCUAGUGCCGGGUAGCAUCGAUGGCGAUACCUUCUGGUGUAGAUACUUUUAUAGGGUGCAUAAGCUUGAGCAGGCUGAGAAUGUGAGGGCUAGUCUUGUGAAGAGGGCGAUUUCGAGCGAAGAGGAGGAGCUGACUUGGGACGUUUAUGAUGACGACGACGAUGAAGUCGAUGUUGAGAAGGAAGCGAAGAAAGGAAGUAGAUUGAGUGACGUGGUGUCCGCGGAAGCGGUUCGAAUGGACGAUGAUGAAGAUGGAAAUUUGGGGGAAGCUGUGAAGGAGAAGAAGGAUAGUUCUUCUAAGGAGGAAAUGGAGUCGGCUUUGGGGAUGGGCAGUGUGGAAUCAAAGGAUGCCUAUGGGGAGGAAACAGGGGAUAGAACCGGCAGGAAAAUUGGGAAGUCGGGUAGUGAUUUGCAUCCGACGAAGUUGAACAUUGAAGACUCAGAGGAACAGAACAAGGAGAAUCAGGGUGGGGAAUCACGAGUUAGUCCGACUCCUGAAGUCGUCGAUGAGAAGGUAGAGAUUGUGGGCGGUGAGAAUAGCCGUGAGGGUGUCGCUCUUGUCUCAAAUGACGGAAAUGCGCCUGAAGAUGAUGUGCAUACGGGAAAGAUUUCUGAUGUCGACAGCAGAAAUUCUUGGUCAGGGCCCCGGGAGAAUUUGGCCUCAAAUGCAAUGGUCGAACCUGGAAAAUCGAAAGAGAGCAACCCUGCAGCUGCAUUGAGCAAUCCAUCGGCAGCCGAGGAGGAGGACCUCGGUUGGGAUGAGAUUGAGGAUCUUAGCAGUAUCGAUGAUCAGAAAGCCGCUCCAGGCGGGACUCCGACCGCAAAUAGGGCUGAUCUGAGGAAAAGGCUGAGUGUUGCAGAGGAGGAAGAAGACUUGAGUUGGGACAUUGAAGAUGAUGAUGAGCCUGCGAAAGCUUGAUCGGAUCUAUCGCCGCGUCCCGAUUCCUUCCGACGUAUUAAGGUUAUGCAAGUUUGUUCCCAGGAGGAUGUUUCAUUUCCGACUUCCAUUGUUAGAGAUGCAUUUAUUUCUCUCGAACUGUGCGUCUCCUGUAUGCCUUGUGCCUUGUUCAACUGUCGUAAAACAGUGUUCAUAAAAUGGUUCUCUUUAUUAAUAUA